CGUUGUUGUAUGCAAAAAUAGUAGUCGUUUUGUUUAUAUUAAAAAGCAGACGUCUGUGUGUGAAUUUUCUUUAGUACCUUGUAGUAAAGUUGAAAAUCAUUUAAAAAUGAGUGAAAUCCAAGCCAGCCUUUCGCCGGAUAACACAACGAAUUCACAUGAAAACAAUGAUACUGGCGAGGGGUUAAAUGGUGAAGCAGAAACAAAGCAACGCGUUGCUUUGCUUACCGGCAUCACGGGACAGGAUGGCUCAUAUUUAGCUGAAUUUCUAUUGAAGAAAGGCUAUGAAGUUCAUGGGAUUAUUAGACGCGCCAGCACGUUUAAUACAUCCCGCAUAGAACACUUGUAUGCAGAUCCAAAGGCCCACAAGGGUGGUUCCAUGAAAUUGCACUAUGGUGAUAUGACCGACAGUAGUAGUUUGGUGAAAAUAAUAAAUACGGUUAAGCCUCAGGAAAUCUACAAUUUAGCCGCACAGUCUCAUGUCAAGGUUUCGUUCGAUUUGAGUGAAUAUACAGCGGAAGUAGAUGCUGUGGGCACUCUGCGUAUUUUGGAUGCGAUAAGAACGUGUGGCAUGGAAAAACAAGUAAGAUUCUAUCAGGCUUCAACAUCAGAGCUGUAUGGCAAAGUGGUGGAGACGCCGCAAAAUGAGCAGACACCAUUUUAUCCAAGAUCGCCAUAUGCUUGUGCCAAAAUGUAUGGCUACUGGAUUGUGGUGAACUAUCGCGAAGCGUACAACAUGUUUGCUUGCAAUGGUAUUCUCUUCAAUCAUGAAUCUCCCCGACGCGGAGAAAAUUUCGUAACACGCAAAAUCACACGUUCUGUGGCAAAAAUCUACCUCAACCAAUUGGAGUAUUUUGAAUUGGGUAAUUUGGAUUCGAAACGUGAUUGGGGUCAUGCCGCCGAUUACGUGGAGGCCAUGUGGAUGAUGCUUCAACGAGAUACGCCCUCCGAUUAUGUAAUAGCCACAGGUGAGACGCACAGCGUGCGUGAAUUUGUGGAAGCAGCUUUUCGCUACAUAGGACGACAAAUCGUUUGGCAAGGCGAAGGUGUUAACGAGGUUGGCAUCGAACAGGAUAGCGGCAUUGUGCGUUUACGCAUAAAUCCAAAGUAUUUUCGACCCACCGAAGUAGACCUUCUAUUGGGUGAUGCCUCAAAGGCCAAACGCGAGUUGAAAUGGGCACCUAAAGUCACUUUCAUGGAAUUGGUGAAUGAUAUGAUGGCCGCCGACAUAGCAUUAAUGAAAAAGAAUCCAAUUGCCUAGAUGGUAACCACAACUAUGACUGCGCUACUAGAGGACUAAAGGACACAGCAUUUACGAGAGCAUCCGUUUCUCGGUAUAUGUUAUUAGUUUUUUGUUGGUUUUAUGUUUGUAUGUGAUUUGUUAAAACUCGCUUUGCCGCCGCAUUCUCCAUAAAGCACAAAUGUUACAGAAACUCCUUGUUUGGUAAUGUUUAGUUGAUGGUAUCAUUAAGUAUUCUUCUACACAUUGAUUUAUGCAUAGCUAUCAUAGUAAGUUACUAAAUACAGAGCAUUCCCUUGUUUGCAUAGAAACACACACACACACACACAAAUACACUCUCACAUGUACACAUACAUACAACACAUUUAUUACUGCAAUAUUUUAUAAAUAUAUAUUUUUUUUCUAAUUUAAGUAAAAUUAUUUCUGUAGUUGUCUUGUAUUAUUAUUUUAACUAUAUACAUCUUGUAUAUCAGUGUGUACAUGAACUCUGAUGUACAUAUUAUUAUUUUAAACGAAAUUAAUAAGAUUUUUUUUUU